AUGGUCACAAACCAGCCGUCGCUUCGCGUGCUGCUGUUUUUGAUCGGGAAGCUCAUGAAUGCCGCAGGCGAGACCGAGCCAUCGUCAAUUACGGCGUGCCUUUCUUUAACCGUCAAGGUCAGCGUCUGUGUUUGAAGUACAUCUGACGUAAUCAGUCAAUCAAAAAUGAGUCAAUCAAUCAAUCUAAAUCAACUGUUGACCCUCAGGCAGUCAAUCUCAAUCAAUCAAGCUGCAAAGCUUUAAUACAAGUCGUUGCAAGAAUACUGUCUCAGUCGCCAUCGGUGAUGAAAUUUGGCGCAUCAUGUUGGCUUUGCGUACUGGCAACGCGAAG